CCCCGGCGUGCCCGCGCUCCCCUCUGGCCCCAUGCGGCGCUGAGGCGGCGGCGGCGGCGGCAGCGGGGCGGCCCCGGGGCGGUGGGGCCCGCCGAGCGCCAUGGAGGGCAUGGACGUGGAUCUGGACGCGGAGCUGAUGCAGAAGUUCAGCUGCCUGGGCACCACCGACAAGGACGUGCUGAUCGGCGAGUUCCAGCGGCUCCUCGGCUUCCAGCUCAGUCCCGCCGGCUGCGCCUUCUUCCUCGACAUGACCAACUGGAACCUACAAGCCGCCAUUGGAGCCUACUAUGAUUUUGAGAGUCCAAAUAUCAAUGUACCCUCCAUGUCCUUUGUUGAAGAUGUAACCAUAGGUGAAGGAGAGUCCAUCCCUCCCGAUACCCAGUUUACAAAAACAUGGAGGAUACAAAACACAGGGACAGAGGCAUGGCCCCCAGGGGUUUGCCUGAAGUAUGUUGGGGGAGACCAGUUUGGCCACGUGAACAUGGUGAUGGUCAGGUCCCUGGAGCCCCAGGAGAUUGCAGACGUCAGUGUUCAGAUGUGCAGCCCCAGCACAGCAGGAAUGUAUCAGGGACAGUGGCGGAUGUGCACUGCCACGGGACUCUAUUACGGAGAUGUCAUCUGGGUGAUCCUCAGCGUGGAAGUUGGAGGACUUCUGGGUGUAACACAGCAGCUGUCAUCCUUUGAAACAGAGUUCAACACACAACCGCAUCGCAAGGUAGAAGGAAACUUUAACCCAUUCGCCUCUCCACAGAAGAACAGGCAACCAGAUGAAAACAACCUAAAAGACCCUGGGGGUUCCGAGCUAGGUACAAUCAGCAAAAACACAUGGGGGCCUCCUCCUGACCAAAUCGAACAAGAUCAGAAUGGACUGUCACAAAACUCUGUAAAUCUCUCCCCCAGCAGUCACUCGAACAACUUGUCGGUAGUGACAUACAGUGAGGGUUUCCACGGUCCUUAUCCCUUCGGACAGUCUUAAACCACAAAAACAAAACGGGUAUCGACAAGAGGAGAAUUUAACAAAGGACUGACUUUGGGGAGGAGGGAGGGGAAUUCACGUGGCAGACACAGCGUGGACACCCCCCUUCUCCUCCUCCAUGUUCUGGAUAACGAAGAAAACUUAAGUAACUUAAAACUCAGUAACUUAAGACUAGCUGUUUCCAGAGGAAAAUACGAAGUCUAAGUAUGCAUGUGUGAAUGCUGAGUUUCAGGAGUGUUGUUCAAUGCUAUGAGAAAGAAACUAUACCAACACCAUGGUUUGUUUGGGUUUUUUAGCAAUCAUUCUCACACGUAAUUAGGGAGCUUAAAGAGAAGCUUAAACAAAUGACUAUGGAAAAGCCAUCUUAAAAUGUGUUGCCUACA